UACGAAGCAUGAGGACUACAGGCGAGAAUACAGAAUGCCGGCCAUUUCGAAAAGCGAGGAUUUCGAGAACGGCUUCAGAAUGUCGGCCGUGUCCAAAAACGAGGACGACGAGGACCUUUCCGUGUCGGGCCUCAAGCUGAACGGCUUCUCGGACGAGUACCUGGACAGAAUAGAACCGAACGGCAACAUCCCCGACAAGGACUGCGGGUGGGAACGGCUGGUCGACCACAGGGAAUCGCUCUCCAGACAACUGUCUGUGUCUUCGGACUCCAAACUCCUCGACGAAGACAUCCGGGAGGAACAGAAGGUCAUCAUGAGACCCAAGAAACCACCACGACCCAAGUCUGAAGUCUAUUUAUGCAAAGACACGCGGAAGUCAAAAAGAUACUCGGCUUUUGGCGGGGAUUCCCCGUUCGGACGCACGGAAGCUUACAUGAAAUUAGACCAACUCGGGGAAGGAUCCUACGCCACUGUUUAUAAAGGAUAUAGCAACCUGACGAACCAGGUGGUGGCGCUGAAGGAGAUCCGGCUUCAGGAGGAAGAGGGAGCGCCCUUCACCGCCAUCAGAGAGGCUUCGCUCCUGAAACAGCUCAAACACGCCAACAUAGUCACGCUGCACGACAUCAUCCACACGCGGGAGACCCUCACUUUCGUCUUCGAGUAUGUGCACACGGACCUGUCGCAGUACCUGGAGAAGCACGGGGGCGGCCUGCACCCUCGGAACGUCAAGCUGUUCCUGUUCCAGCUCCUGCGCGGCCUCUCCUACUGCCACCGCCGGAGGAUCCUACACAGAGACAUCAAACCCCAGAACCUCCUCAUCUCGGAAGUUGGCGAACUCAAGAUCGCGGAUUUCGGCCUCGCCCGCGCCAAGUCCGUACCGUCGCACACGUACUCGCACGAGGUGGUGACGCUGUGGUACCGGCCUCCCGACGUCCUGCUGGGCUCCACGGACUACUCCACCUCCCUGGACAUGUGGGGCGUCGGCUGCAUCUUCACCGAGAUGAUCACGGGCGUGCCGGCAUUCCCGGGCGUCAGGGACAUUCAGGACCAACUCGAUAAAAUAUUCAAGGUGGUGGGCACGCCGACGGAGGACACGUGGGCGGGGGUGACGUCCUUGCCCAACUACAAGCCGCAUCGCCUCGUGCUGUACCGGCCGCGCAGACUCGCCUCGCUCUUCCCGAGACUCAAUGACAUUCCCCAUGCUGAGUCGCUCGCCAUGCAGUUCCUACAGAUUCAGCCAAACAAGAGGAUAUCCUCCGAAUCAGCUCUCAGACACAGCUACUUCGCGGAUCUUCCUCCAAGCAUAUAUGAUUUAGACCCAGAGCAAUCAAUAUUCUCCGUGGGGGGCGUCCGCGUGGCCCAGGAACUACGGAACUACCCCACGUCGGUGAUCCAGGCAGCUAGGGAGAUCAGGAAAUUGGUCUAGUGCCAGAAGGAGUCCUAAUCUACCUUUAACAAAUUAGGUCCUGCAAGGAUAUAAGCAAUGGAAAACCAACCCCGAGAAUGAAUAAGCACCGAUAUGCAUCAUCACCUUCCU